UGCUCGGAAACUGUCUUCCACUCUUACUUUCUCGUCUGUCUGUCUUGUCUUGUCUCCCCCUUUUCCCCCCUCUUUCUGCAGUCUUACUCGCUGCUUUGUGCUGCACAGAAGAGAAGCAGAGGCUAGCACAUCCUGACUCAAAGAGAAGAUGAAGUCUCAGUUGGUGUUUCAGGUCUCCUGUGUGACCCUGCUCUCGCUGUGCUGCUCUGUGUGUCACGCCACACCUCUGUUCUACAACAUAUCCAUGGACGGCAGCGGGGAUGAAGCCGAGCUGGAGCUCCUUUUCCCGGUGUCUUUCUCCACCCGCGUGCCUGUUCACGUUACCGCUGCUACUGGGGCUCCCACUCUCACCAACACCAUAACCACCACCAUGAUCCGUCUGAAGGACUACGUCCUGACCCGAGUAGUGGACUUCCUGCAGGAGAACAUGCUCAUCAUCAUCGUGGUGACCUCUCUUCUCAUUGUCAUGGUCUUCAUCAUCUGCUGUGCCUCUGCAAUGAGUCACAAGCGCAAGCUGGAGGCCUAUAAGCCCCUACCUCAUCCACCCAGGAAGUAUACAGCUGAUAAAGCCGGAGGACGCAAGGAUUCAAGCGACCUGCAGGAGAAACCGUACGCCGUCGAUCACGUCAAGAGGGUCCAGACUCAGGGCAUGUCCUCCCCGAAGAACCUGCGCAUGCCCACCAAGGCGCUGGUGGGAGAGAGAGGGAGAGACGUCCGGUCAUCACCUCGACAGGAGGUCAGAAAGGUCAGAGAUACAGAGGCGGUAGAAAAGCGGAGAGAGGAACCAAAACACAAAGAGAAGGUGAAGCACAGGGAGGAGGUUCAGCAGAGCUCCAGUCCCAGCAACAGCUCCAGCUCCAGUCAGCCAGUCUGCACCUGCCAUCUGAAAAAAGGCCACCACUAGGUCACAGUGGUGGGCUUUUUCUCGCUUUUUAAACAAGAUCAGAAACGGGCAAAGGCAAAAUGUGUCCUCAAAAUGUGUUUUCAUUAGAAUAGCCUUACAGAGGGAAAUAGGUCUAUAUUUAAGUGAAGUCAUGCCUCAUGAAGAAAAAUUACCCAUCAUUAAAGUCUAAGAUCUAGAUUUAAAUAUACAGUGAAGAGGAUUAUUACCCGAAUCACUGGUUACUGAAAAGUUUACAAAAGGUACAGCUUAAAUUGUUUGAUUGAUAAGCAGGCAUGAGGAAAGAUAGCAGCAUACUGAGACCCUUUUAACGGCCACUUUGUCUUCAUGUGCCGAAAACAACCUUAGCUCGGCACGGCAAGCACAUGAUUUUUCUUUUUCCUGUAAUUACUGAAAAAAACAUAACACCACUGUGCUACUGAGGCAGUAAAACUUUAUAUAAUAAGUAUUCUUUUCCUGUGAAUAACACUUUCAAAGGGAACAAAAAUAAAGUAUUAUUCCACAUACCUGCCCAAAGGAAUCUCCUCAUUAUGUCCUGCUGGAGUGAAAACAUCUGGAUCCGUCAUUUAGAGCAACACGUUCGGUGCUGUAAAUAAGUCAAGGUGAAAUGUCAGUAAACUUGACGUGAUAAGUAGCAAAACGUUCUCUUUAUAUUUACAGUUAUAUUUACUUCAUCUUGUUUGCAUCGGGUUGUUAAGUUUUAUAUGAUAUCGUAUUUUAUUUUAAAAACCAAAACAUAUAAACAAAAGUAAACAUUUUUAACUGUGUUAUUUUUAGGUAUCUGAAUAAAUGUUCUGUAUAAAUUACCACAAAUCUACUAUGUGUACUGCAUGUCAUGGUAAAAAGAGAUCACAGUGUGUUUCAGUUCUAAGGUUUCACGUAUCAGGACAUAUUAAAGAACGAUCAGGUCUUAAAAUGAAAAACUCGCCCAAAAUGCAGAAGCAGAGUGUGAAACAUUAAGUAUGCUCCUUUAGCAGCGAUAAUCUGAAGUCAUCGUUUUCUGAAUGCCUUUAUGAAUCUCUCACGUCGUUGUGGAGGAAGUUUGGGCCAUUCUUCUUUACAGCAGUGCUUCAGUUCAUUGAGGUUUGUGGGUAUUUGGUUAUCCGCAGCUCUUUCGAAGGUCUUCCUGCAGCAUUACAAUCGAGCUGAGAUCUGAAAUUUGGCUGAACCAUUGCAACAAUCUGUCUGAAAAAGAAAAGAAUCAUUCUGUUGUAGAUUUGAUGUUGUGUUUGGGAUCAUUGUCCUGAUGUAUUGCCAAAUUUAGGCCAAGCGUAAGCUGUCAGACAGAUGGUCUCACAUUAGACUCAACAAUACUUUGGUAUGCAGAGGAGUUCAUGGUGAACACAGUGGCUGCAACCACCGUGCUUGACAGUUGUUAUGAAGUGUUUGUGCUGAUAUGCUGUGUUCGGUUUUCCCCAAACAUGGUGCUGUGCACAGUGACCACACAUGUCUGCUUUGGUCUUGUGGUUUAAUCAGAUGUAACUCAAACCUAAGCAUCUCUCUUUUUGAUAAUUGUUUUGUCAUGAACUUUAACAUUUAACAUGCUAACUGAGGCCUGCACACUCUGAGGUGUAGAUCUUGGGGGGCGGGGGACCUUGUGGUGAAUUUGCUGGGACAUUUUCCACUUGUGAAUUAUAUUUCUCACUGUAGAGUGAUGGAGUUCAAUUUGAUGGAAGUGACCUCAUGGCCUUUCCCACACUGAUAACUGUUGCUGAUGUAUUUCAUCCUCAGCAUUGUGUUAACACACCUGAAUACCACAGACCUACAAACCUCUGAUUUUAUGAACGUGCUCAUGCCUGCCAAUGAUUAGUUAAUCAAAUGCAUUUGAUCAGCAGUACCUGGCUGUUAGUUACCCACUUACUUCAUAAUGGAAGGGUGGACUUAGUUUUCACACACUGCUUCUGCAUUUCGGCUUAGUCUUUGUUAAAUCAAUGACAUGUUGUAAUAUGUCACAAGAUGCUGUUCUGAACUGGCUUGAACUGAAAGAGGGUGCACUUUCUUUGUACAAUGACUGUACAUAUUUAUUUGGCUUACACCUUUGACCUGCUCUCAAUGGGCAAAUAUAUUUAAAAAAAGUAGGGAGUAGAAAACAAAUGUUUAAGUUUUUCUUUUAAAUAAUUAGUACAUUUAUGUAUACGAUAAAUUAUGCUUUUUUUAUUUUAAGUGUAAAAGUUUGAAAUGUGAGUAGAAGGAUAGACAGUUGGCGUGUUUAGCUUACGUGUAUAGGCUUGACAGAUGCAUAUUUGUCUCUCUUAUCUGAUUUUAUUUGAUUAAAUUACUCUGUCCUGUUGUUAAGUUAAUGACCUUGAGUCUCUAAUCUAAGCCUGAAUUAUGUGCCAAUGCUUUUGUCAUGCUGACAUACUGUUUUCCGCCUAACCUCAACCACAGUUGCUUUCUUUUUGACACUUGAAUUGUUUACAAAAAGACCGUUUUGUUUUGCAUAUAUUUAAUAAAGCUAUCGAAAAAGA